CAUCAUCUCGGGGUGGCCGUGUCGCAGAUGCCGGCGGCUCUUGACUUCUACGGGAAGCUCGGCUUCAAGGAGGUGGAGGACGGGCGGUCGACGGAGGAGAGGAAGAUGAUGAAGAACGCGGGAGGGCUGCAGCUGCAUCUGUUCAAGGCGGACGCGGGGCACGAGAACAAUCAGAACAUCCUGAUGGACUUCAAGGACGUCAAGUACCCCGGGCACACGCACGCGAGCUUCCUCGUCCCCUCGGUCAAGGGGGCUCGGGCGUACCUGGAGAAGCAGGGGCUCACGAUCACCGGGGAGCGACGGCCGGGGGGAGUGCUGCGAGCUGUGUUCUGCCGGGACCCGGACAGGACGACGAUGGAGUUUGAGAAGAACUCGGGAGAAGACGAG